UCCCUCCCACAACCCCUCAUGUUCAGAUUGCAAGCAAUUUUCCAAUAAACAGGUACUUGUGCUGUGCUGGUGAGAGGUAUUAGGUAUCGACAUGCAUUGAGCUGGUCCGCACCUCACGAUUAUUAAAAAGAAAGAGAAAACAACCCAAUUGAGGAAACUAUUAUAAAGAUUUUAGGCUCUUGGUAAUAAAGGAUAUAGCUUACUUGGACUCUCUGUUUUGAUCCUGAUUAUAAAUGGCUGAAGUGAUUGGUCCAAGAUUAUAUAGUUGCUGCAAUUGUAGGAAUGAAGUUGCGCUACACGAUGAUGUUAUUUCUAAAACAUUUCAAGGAAGAAAUGGUCGAGCAUUUUUGUUCUCUCAUGCGAUGAACGUUGUUGUUGGGCUCAAAGAGGAUAGACAACUCAUGACUGGUCUCCAUACAGUUGCUGAUGUCUAUUGCUCUGACUGCCGCGAGGCGCUGGGUUGGAAAUACGAACAAGCUUAUGAGGAGACACAGAAAUACAAGGAAGGCAAAUUCAUACUCGAGAAGUCGAAGAUUGUCAAAGAAAAUUGUAGUCCGUCAUGCUAUGUCAAAGUGUGUGGAUGAUUCAUGCUCAUUUUGUUAUAUCAACUCUGAGCAAUUCAAAAGGUCAAUUCAUUGCUGCCAAUAGCCUGAUCUCAGCUUCUAUUUCUUGUGUGUGUACAGUGAGACAUCUCUAUAACAACAUCCUUAUAAAACGACACUUCACUAUAAAAGUCAAGCUUU